AUGACUUCGGCUGGCAGUGUGCGCAUUUUGCUCAUUGGCAAUGGAGGCCGAGAGCAUGCGCUUGCCUGGAAACUCAGCCAGUCACCUCUGGUUGCAUCCAUCUUUGCUGUUCCUGGCAAUGGAGGCACCGCAACCUGCCCCAAGACCACCAACGUAACCGAUGUCGCCGCCGACGACUACCCCGCCCUCGUCCAGUUCGCCAAGUCCAACUCCAUAAAUCUCGUCGUUCCUGGCCCCGAGGCGCCUCUCGUCGACGGUGUCGAAGCCUACUUCCGCGCCGCCGCUAUUCCGUGCUUUGGCCCCUCCAAAGAAGCCGCCCAAAUGGAGGGGAGCAAGACUUUCUCCAAGGAUUUCAUGAAGGAGUACAACAUUCCCACCGCCGCAUACGAGAACUUCUCCGAUUAUCAGCAGGCUGUGGCUUAUGUUGACAGCGUAUCCCAUGACGUCGUCAUCAAAGCUACUGGCCUCGCUGCCGGCAAGGGCGUGAUCAUUCCUACCACCAAGGAGGAGGCCAAGGACGCGCUCAAGCAGAUCAUGGUAGACAAGGCGUUUGGUUCUGCGGGCGACGAAGUGGUCAUUGAGGAGUUCUUGACAGGUGACGAGCUCAGCAUCCUGACCUUCAGCGAUGGCACCCACACUCUGUCUCUUCCUCCUGCCCAGGAUCAUAAGCGAAUCGGAGACGGUGACCAAGGUCCCAACACCGGGGGCAUGGGUUGCUACGCUCCCACAACCAUCGCCACCAAGGAGUUGAUUCGCAAGAUCGAGGAUGAGGUUGUCCAGCCCACCAUUACUGGCAUGCGCAAGGCGGGCUACCCCUUCCGUGGUGUUCUGUUCACUGGCCUCAUGAUUACUAGCCAGGGCCCCAAGGUCCUCGAGUACAACGUCAGAUUUGGCGACCCCGAAACGCAGACUGUCCUACCCCUCCUCUCUCCCGAGACGGAUCUUGCUGAGAUAAUGCUGGCUUGCACCGCUCACGAGGCCCGCCUCGACUGCGUCAACAUCAAGGUUGAAGACAAGUACAGUGCCACUGUUGUGGUGGCUGCUGGUGGCUAUCCCGGAUCGUAUGCCAAGGGUACGCCCAUGGUGGUCAAGCAGUCGGCAUCCCCGGACAUCACUGUUUUCCAUGCAGGCACCAAGCUGUCGCCCGAAGGUCAGCUUCAGACAUCAGGCGGUCGAGUCAUUGCUGUCAAUGCUACUGCUGAUACUCUUGAGGCUGCCGUGAAAAAGGCUUAUGGGCAAGGCAUUGAGCUUAUCAACUUUGACAAGAUGUACUACCGCAAGGACAUUGCCCACCGUGCAUUCCGGUCUCGCCAGGAGAAGGAGGCUUUGACGUACGCCGGAGCUGGUGUCAGCGUUGACGCAGGCAACGAAUUCGUUGAGCGCAUCAAGAAGGCAGUGCGCGCCACCAAACAACCGGGUGCUGAUGCCGAGAUUGGAGGUUUCGGCGGUGAGAUGGACCUGGCCAAGUGUGGUCUUCAGUUGGAUAAUGGCGAGCUUCCUGUCUUGGUUGGUGCCAUCGAUGGCGUGGGCACCAAGCUCAUGAUCGCACAGAAGAUGCAGAAGCACGAUACCGUAGGCAUCGACUUGGUUGCCAUGAACGUCAACGAUCUCGUCGUCCAGGGUGCCCGGCCCUUGAUGUUUUUGGACUACUAUGGCUGCAGUAAGCUAGACUUAAGCACCGCCGCGUCCUUCGUCGAAGGUGUUGCGGCAGGCUGUAUCGACGCUGGAUGCACCCUAGUUGGUGGUGAGACGGCUGAGAUGCCUGGCAUGUACCAGAAGGACGACUACGAUGCGGCGGGCUGCGCCGUCGGUGUCAUGAUAAACAGCCAGAGAUUGCCGCGCCAGAGCGACAUGGUCGCUGGGGACGUGCUGCUCGGUUUGGCCUCUAGUGGCGUUCACUCGAAUGGCUUCUCCUUGGUCCGCCGUAUUUUGGAACGUGAGGGUCUCGCAUACACGGAUCCGGCUCCCUGGGAUGCUGGCAAGACGGUGGGUGAAAGCCUGUUGACCCCUACCAAGAUCUACGUCAAGAGUUUGCGCGGUGUCAUCGAGGCUCGCCUUGUCAAGGGUUUGGCUCACAUCACGGGAGGUGGUCUUAUCGACAACGUCCCCCGUAUGUUGCCAGAGCACCUUGCUGCCGAGAUUGACCUGACGACGUGGGAGAUGCCCGCUGUCUUCAAGUGGCUGAAGACGAGUGGUAACGUCGAGCCGUACCAGAUGGUUCGUACUUUCAACACGGGUGUGGGAAUGGUGGCUGCAGUCGAUGCGGCUCACGCCAAGAAUGCCAUUACGGCCCUGGAGGCAGCCGGAGAGAAGGUUCUCCGCCUGGGACACCUUGUACCGCGUGCUGAAGGUGAGGCGCAUUGCCGAGUGCUUAACCUGGAUAGCUGGGUUUGA